CCUCCCCGUAAUUGCAGCGAAGCAGAGACAUAUCCAAACCCGAGAAACCCAGAGAAGCGACGCCUCUCCGCCCACGAGAGGGAGGCGAUCUGACGCGAAGCCAAGAAGGGAUCACCGCGCGGCGCGCUACUCGUCCCCCCCGAAUCCGGCGUCUACGUCCUUCUCCGGGCUCCUGCGAUCGUAUCCCCGAGACCCCGACGCUACGAGAUGGAGGUUGGUUCCAGGAACAAGCAACCGGAUGCAGCGGCGUCGGCGUCGUCUGCCGCCGCCUUCCUCACACAGGACCUCAUCAUAGAGAUCCUCUCCCGGGUGCCCUACAGAUCGCUCUGCCGCUUCAUGUGCGUGUCGAAAUCCUGGCGUACCCUCUGCUCCGAUCCUGCCCUUCGCCGGAAGUCGCCCCAGACACUGUCCGGCUUCUUCUACCGCAGCGUAUACAGUUUCAACUAUCCCUCCCUUGACGAACGUUGCCACUUGACUAAUUUGUCGGGGAGAGGGCGGCCUAUGGUCGACCCUUCUCUCCCCUUCUUGCCCAGCGGCACAAGAAUCGAGUCCUUCGUCGACUGCUGCAAUGGUCUUCUGCUGUGCCGUUGCUCCAGCUCCAACAUGUCUUCACAGCGUCAAUCUUUCUAUGUUGUGUGCAAUCCCGCGACUGAGAAGUGGACCGUGUUGCCCGAUACCGAAGCGAUGGAUGGAUGUUGCAUCUUGCGCUUGGGUUUCGACCCAGCCGCGUCUCCCCACUUCAGAGUGUUUCUGCUUCUAAGGAAUCCGCAGGGCCUUCAGGUUAUUAGUGGAGUGGAGAUCUACUCAACGGAAACUGGAAUAUGGACUUAUCGGCAGUCCCAGUGGGAUCAUUACUCGGCAGUGUAUGCUAAUUCAAAAACUGUCUUCUUUAAUGGCAUCAUGCAUUUCACUGCCGCGGAUUCCUCCAUAAUCACCGUGGACAUGGAGGGGAAGACAUGGGGGAAAAUCCUUACCCCACUCCAAUCAAAUUCCAGUUUCCUCGGGCUGUCUGGCGGGCACUUGUACCUCGCUCACAUUAAUCAUACUGCUGAACCCCUGCUAUCAGUUUGGAUACUAAAGGAUUAUGGUAGCGAACAAUGGAUCCCAUUGCAUAUUGGCAGAAUAUGGAAACUGUUUAAACCACGUCACCUUACAUUUCAGUGGUACAAUGAGGUGAUUGCAAUCCAUCCAGCACAGAAUUUGAUUUUCUGUACUGCAGGGUGGCAAAAAAAUCUUAUAUCCUACGAUAUGGAUAGACGGGUAGUGCAUGCUAUCUGUGCUCUUGGUGACAACACUACGGACCCAUAUCUUCCUUAUACUCCCUGCUUCUUGGAGUGGCCAUCGGAUGGACUUGGAUCUGCAAAAAGAAUGUCAUAGCAGCUUGCCACUUUCUCUAUUGGUAUGGCAUCACUGAUUUCAAAAGAAUUAGGUGUGAAAAGAGUGACAUCUUCUUGUUUUUGGCACAGCGGCCUGGAAGUCAUAAGUACAAUUUAGUCGAUGUUAUUUCUGUGCUCAAAAGUGGCCAUUGUGUGGUUAUGAACAAAAGUGGCCAUUGUGCUGAUGAGUAUGUAAGCAAACCUUUUUUGUGUGCACUGGAUAGCUAUUUCAAUGCACAUACUUUAUUUGCUCCGGUCACCUGCCAGUCCAUAUGGGGUAAA